GCCACGUAUCGCCACGUCUGCGCGCAUGCUCAGUGUCGCCCUCACAUUGGUGGAGUUGUUCCGGGGUUGGUAGAAAAAAUCAUCACUGUGUUUCUUUAUUUUCUCCUUUCUUUUCACAUUAUUUAUCACACUAAUCACGUAGAGGGGAGUCUGAGGGUUUCUGCGGACGUCUGUAGAGAUGAACUUCUUCAGAGGAGUGAUGGGAGGGCAGGCAGCCGGGCCACAGCCGUCCGGAGCGGAGACGAUCCAGAAAUUGUGUGACCGGGUUGCCUCCUCAACUCUCCUAGAAGACCGCAGAGAUGCUGUCCGGGCACUUAAGUCCCUCUCCAAGAAAUAUCGCAUGGAAGUUGGCACACAGGCGAUGGAUCACUUGAUUAACAUACUGCAAACUGACAGGUCUGACUCCGAAAUCCUCGGCUAUGCUUUGGACACGCUUUACAACAUCAUCUGCAAUGAUGAGGAGGAAGAACAAGAUGAAUCAGAAGACGCAGUAACCUCUAUCCCUGUCUCAGGGAAGCAUAAGAAUGUGUCCAUACCUGAUGAGAAUGCCCAGAAGCAGGCAGAUGACCUGGGUGCCCAGUUUACAGACACGUUCAUCCAGGACCCUGAACAUGUGACCCUGCUUCUCACUCUGUUGGAGGAGUUUGACUUCCAUGUACGUUGGCCUGGGGUGAAGCUGUUGACUGCUCUGCUGAAGAACCAGGGAGUCCAGCUGCAGGGUAUCAUUCUGGUCAGCCCCAUGGGUGUUUCCAGACUGAUGGACCUGUUGGCAGACUCUCGAGAAGUAAUUCGCAAUGAUGGCCUGUUGUUGCUUCAACAGCUGACUAAAAGCAAUGCGGCCAUUCAGAAAAUUGUUGCAUUUGAAAACGCAUUUGAGCGUCUUCUCGAUAUCAUCACAGAAGAGGGCAGCAGUGAUGGAGGUAUUGUGGUGGAGGACUGUUUGCUGCUGUUGCUCAACCUGCUAAAGAAUAACAGCUCCAACCAGAACUUCUUCAAGGAGGGCUCUUACAUCCAGAGAAUGAAGCCCUGGUUCGAGGUCGGUGAUGAUAACUCCGGCUGGUCGGCACAAAAAGUCACCAACCUCCACCUCAUGCUGCAGCUGGUGCGAGUCAUGGUGUCUCCAGUGAACUCUCCAGGAGCUACAGCCAGCUGUCAGAAGUCCAUGUACCAGUGUGGCCUGCUGCAGCAGCUGUGUACCAUCCUCAUGGCCACCGGUGUGCCUGCCGACAUCCUCACUGAGACCAUUAACACUGUAUCAGAGGUCAUCAGGGGCUCACAGGUCAACCAGGACUACUUCGCUUCCGUCAAUGCUCCUUCAAACCCACCAAGACCAGCCAUUGUGGUCCUGCUCAUGUCCAUGGUCAAUGAGAGACAACCAUUUGUGCUUCGCUGCGCAGUCCUCUACUGCUUCCAGUGUUUUCUCUACAAAAACCAGAAAGGACAGGGAGAGAUAGUGGCUACACUGCUGCCCUCCACCAUUGAUGCCAACUCCAUCUCAGCCGGCCAGCUGCUGUGCGGAGGCCUAUUCUCAGCAGACUCUCUGUCCAACUGGUGUGCCGCUGUGGCCUUGGCUCACGCCCUGCAAGACAACCUCACCCAGAAGGAGCAACUGUUGAGGGUUCAACUCGCCACCAGCCUGGGGAAGCCCCCUGUCUCCUUGCUACAGCAGUGCACCAACAUCCUGUCCCAGGGUGAUAAGAUCAACCGACGGGGCAGCAAAGUGCAGACCAGGGUCGGCCUCCUCAUGCUGCUGUGCACGUGGAUCAACAACUGUCCGAUAGCUGUCACACACUUUCUACACAAUCAGGAAAACGUUCCCUUCCUGACGGCACAGAUCUCAGAGAACCUGGGAGAGGAUGAAAGGCUGGUUCAGGGUCUGUGUGCGCUGCUUCUCGGCAUCUGCAUUUAUUACAAUGACAACUCACUGGAGAACUACACCAAAGAGAAGUUAAAGCAGCUGAUUGAGAAGCGGAUUGGAAAAGAAAACUUUGUAGAGAAGCUCGGUUUCAUCACAAAGCAUGAGCUGUACUCCCGGGCGGCCCAGAAGCCACAACCUGUCUUCCCGUCGCCAGAGCAGAUGCUGUUUGACCACGAGUUCACCAAGCUGGUGAAAGAACUGGAGGGUGUGAUAACCAAAGCAGUUCACAAGUCCAGUGAAGAGGAGAAGAAGGAGGAGGAGGUGAAGAAGACGUUGGAGCAACAUGACAACAUUGUAACUCAAUACAAAGAGCUGAUCAGAGAGCAGGAUGCUCAGAUCCAGGAGCUGAAAGAGCAGGUAGAUUCAAUGUCAUCUCAGAAGGAACAGAUGCAGACUACAAUCACCCAGCAGCUGUCUCAGAUCCAGCAGCACAAAGACCAGUACAACAUCCUCAAACUGAAAUUAGGUAAGGACAACCAGAGUCAGUCCAACAGCCAGGGAGACGGCUCCCAGGUCAACGGGCUGCAGACAGAAGAGCUCACACAGCUUCGAGAAGAGGUGGAGGAGCUCCGCAAGCAACACUCACUCCUUCAGACACAACUUGGUGACAAAGACGCAAUCAUCAACACCCUGAGGUCGGAGGCGGCACAGACAGCAGAAGGAACAGCAGGGUCAGGAUCAGACAACACAGAACUACUCAAGGAGUUGGAGGCUCUGAGGACUCAGGUCCAGUCCCAGUCAGCAGAGAUCAGCCAGCUGAAGACAGAGAGACAAGACCUGCUCAGAAGAGCUGAAGCAGGGCCUUCGGAUGCAGUUGACAGCAGUGACGGCUCAUUAGACGCCGCCAAGAUGGCAGACCUAGAGAGCAGACUCGCAGCACAGACGUCUGAGACAGAAAGACUCAAGGAGGAGGCGAGCAGUCUGUCGAAGGGCCGGUCGGAGCUGGAGCAGCAGCUGGCUUCAGCAACCAGCACGGUUGCCAUCCUGCAGACAGAGAAAGCAAAGCUGCAAACAGAGGUGCAGGAGUCCAAGAAGGAGCAGGACGACCUGCUUAUGCUGCUGGCAGACCAGGACCAGAAGAUCCACAGCCUCAAACAGAGACUCAAGGACCUGGGAGAGACGGUGGAAGAUGAAGACGACCUCGACGCCAGGGACCAAACGGACGAGGACGAGGACGAGGAGGACGAAGAAGACGAGGACUAAGAAAAACACUGAAGGAACGAAACGGGAAAGAGAUGGAAAUGUGCCUGACAGCAGGCAAGAAAAGACUUUGCAGAAACACAGAUGAGAAACUGAAAAGAUAGGACUAAUAUUUGAAGCGGUUUCUCUUUCUCAGCUGCCACGCUAUCUUCAUUUUUUUUUUUUUCCUUCUUCUUCACCUCACGUUCACAUCACAUGUACAUGUUUGUUUGUUUGUUUGUUGGAGUUUUUUGUUGUCCAAGAUUUCUUUCCAGUGAUUCAGCUUUCAGUGAAAAGAUUUAAACUCAUCAGUGCGUUCAUCUCCGCGACUUUUACCUUCAGUUUGGGAUGGAUUUUACCAGUCUUGUGUUUAUUGUAAUGUAUUGUCAUAUAGUUUAUAAUUAAGAAAAAAAAAAACAACGCUACUGUAGGUUAAUUUUAACACUCAAGUCAUCUGGAAAAUUUAGAGCAGAGGAUUUAAAAUGUAGCAAAAUAUGCACCUAUAAACAGAUUUGAUAUUAUUGUCAUGUUAUGGUAAACAUGCUGGUGAGCCCGUCAGGUUUGCUUUCUCUGUCCUGCUCCACUGCUCUCGACGCGCCCGAGUCCUCUCACGCUAAAAUCACCCCGGCAACGUGUCAACUGUGCCAUCACACCCUGCGCUCUGAAUUCAUCAACACCCUCCCCGAGUUCGAGUUCAGCGUGUUACAGUAUUUCAACACUCACAGUUGUUCCAUUUCAUUCUGACGACACCUAACUGCUCUACAAUAUGCUGCAAAAACAAGACAGAAAACAUGUAAAGACAAAAAGGAUAUUUUUGCAACUUUUUGUCCAGUACUGGCAUCCAGCUUCUGUAUGAUAUUGUGUAACUUAUCAAUUUAUGAGCCACAUUGAAAUGAAUAAAGAAUUUAUCGGUCUGUAUGCCUGUAUGGAGGAAUAAUUGUAGAUAAAUUAAAUUUUACUAAAUCAA